GCUGAGCCCCUCGCCAUGGCCCAGGGCUUCUGGCGGCUCUACAAGGCCAAAGUGCUGCAGACCCUGGGGGGGCCGCGGCCGGACGGAGCCCUGCAGGACGAGGGAGACCCCCCCGAGCUGAUGGAGACGGCCGAGCCCCCCGCGCUGAUGGAGGAGGGAGCCAGCCCCGUGUCCCAGCUGGCCAGGAAGGUGCAGGGUGUGGGUGCCCGGGGCUGGCGGACGCUCUCAUCGCUGUUCACCCGCGAGGACGAGCACCAGCUGCUCAGCCCGGAGCCCCGCCCGGACCACCCUCUGGCCGCUGAGCCCUCCGAGGUGCCCCACGCCGAGAAGGCACCCGGAUUUUGGGAUCUCUUUGCUUCCAAAUGGCAGCAGGCGUCGGGGCCGGAGCAGGGGGAGUCCCCGCCGGAGCCGGAUGAGAGCCCGGGGGAGCCGCCGGGUGAGGACGGCAGCGACCUGCGGGAGCCGGAGGAAGGGGCCUUCCACUGGGGCUUCCUGGCUGGCAAACUGGCCGAAAUCCGGAAUAAAACCGCCCCCAAGGGUAACUAG